CUCUCAGCUGGGAUCGCGCCGCGUCAACUUCCGGGCGGGUGCCCGCCAGCACGGCCUCCGCCGCUCCCCUUCUUUGGCCCCUUUGUGUCCCCGCAGUGUCGUGGCGCGGGCCCUGGAAGGCCCUUUGUCGAGGCAGGGGGCACCGUAGUGCAGGGAGCCUCUCUCUGUGGGUGGGCGCGCGGCCCGCUGGGGGGUUAGGUUGGGGAACGUGCCUGAGCGUGCUGGGAUAGUUCAUUUAUAUCCCCCUACCCCCCGGGGUGGUGGUUUCUACACCAAUAUGAAUCUUUUCAAUCUGGACCGUUUUCGCUUUGAGAAAAGGAAUAAGAUUGAGGAAGCGCCCGAAGCAACCCCUCAACCCUCCCAGCCUGGCCCUUCUUCGCCAAUUUCUCUUAGUGCUGAAGAGGAGAAUGCUGAAGGAGAAGUUAGCAGGGCAAACACCCCUGAUUCAGAUAUAACUGAAAAAACAGAAGAUUCUAGUGUUCCAGAAACUCCAGAUAAUGAAAGAAAAUCAAGUAUAUCAUAUUUCAAGAAUCAAAGAGGAAUACAGUAUAUUGAUUUGUCUUCUGAUAGUGAAGAUGUUGUUUCCCCAAAUUGCUCCAAUACAGCUCAAGAGAAAAAAUUCAACAAAGACACAGUGAUUAUAGUUUCUGAACCAUCUGAAGACGAAGAGUCCCAAGGCCUUCCCACCAUGGCACAUAGAAAUAAUGAUGAUAUUUCAGAAUUGGAAGACCUUUCGGAAUUGGAAGAUCUUAAAGAUGCUAAACUACAGACCUUGAAAGAACUUUUUCCACAAAGAAGUGACAAUGAUUUACUUAAGUUGAUCGAAUCCACAAGUACUAUGGAUGGAGCGAUUGCUGCUGCCUUGCUGAUGUUUGGUGAUGCAGGUGGUGGUCCCAGGAAAAGAAAAUUAUCAUCUUCUUCAGAGCUAUAUGAAGAAGAUGAAUUUAAUGAUGAUCAAUCUAUAAAAAGGACAAGACUGGAUCAUGAAGAGGAAUCAAAUGAGUCUGCAGAAUCUAGCAGUAACUGGGAAAAGCAGGAAAGUAUUGUACUGAAAUUGCAAAAAGAAUUUCCCAAUUUUGAUAAACAGGAACUAAGGGAAGUACUCAAGGAACAUGAAUGGAUGUAUACAGAAGCUUUAGAGUCUCUAAAAGUGUUUGCAGAAGACCAAGAUAUGCAAUAUGCUUCACAAAGUGAGGUUCCAAAUGGAAAAGAAGUUUCUUCAAGGAGUCAGAAUUAUCCUAAAAAUACAGCUAAGACAAAACUGAAACAGAAAUUUUCCAUGAAACCACAAAAUGGUUUUAACAAGAAACGUAAAAAAAAUGUAUUUAAUCCAAAGAGAGUCACUGAAGACUCUGAAUAUGAUUCAGGUUCUGAUGUCGGUAGUUCACUAGAUGAGGACUAUAGUAGUGGUGAAGAAGUGAUGGAGGAUGGCUAUAAAGGUAAAAUUCUUCACUUCCUUCAAGAUGCUUCAAUUGGUGAACUUACUUUGAUUCCGCAGUGUUCUCAAAAAAAGGCUCAGAAGAUAACAGAACUCCGGCCCUUUAAUAGUUGGGAAGCUCUGUUCACAAAGAUGUCCAAAACUAAUGGCUUAUCAGAAGAUUUAAUAUGGCACUGUAAAACACUGAUCCAAGAAAGGGAUGUAGUUAUAAAACUUAUGAACAAAUGUGAAGACAUUUCAAAUAAAUUGACCAAACAAGUUACCAUGCUCACGGGAAACGGAGGUGGAUGGAACAUCGAACAGCCCUCCAUUCUAAACCAAAGUUUGUCACUCAAGCCUUAUCAGAAGGUUGGUUUGAAUUGGCUGGCAUUGGUACAUAAACAUGGACUUAAUGGCAUUUUGGCAGAUGAAAUGGGCCUAGGAAAAACUAUUCAAGCCAUUGCGUUCCUGGCAUACCUCUAUCAGGAGGGUAAUAAAGGUCCUCAUUUGAUCGUUGUUCCAGCCUCAACUAUAGAUAACUGGUUAAGGGAAGUUAAUUUAUGGUGCCCCACUUUAAAGGUGCUCUGUUACUAUGGCUCUCAAGAAGAACGUAAACAAAUUAGAUUCAACAUUCAUAGUAAAUAUGAAGAGUACAAUGUAAUUGUGACCACGUAA